CUUGCUCCCACCUAUUUCCAUGGGUCCUCCUCUGCCCCAAGCUUUACAUUCGACUUUCGGAGAAAGUCUGGAAUGUGUAAGUGGCUGCGGCUUUCCUCUAUUAUGUCAACGCCGGUUUCAGCUUUAGUUGUUGGCAACAAGUGCCGCUGGAGCUCUUGUCAAGUGAAUACAAUUGUACUUAAAUACUGAUACAGCCCCUUCAGAUUCGGGGGUGCUAGCGCUAACAGUCAUUCUUUAUUGACACUCUCACCCACCACCUUUCUAUCACAAUGUCUGGCAGGGCAGGCCAGGUUGCCGUUUUCUGGGAUUACGAGAAUUGCCGCCCACCGUCCAACGUCUCUGGUUACAGCAUCGUGAACCGAAUUCGGGAGGUGGCACAACAGUUUGGACCUAUAAAGCUGUUUAGAGGUUACUCAAACCUCUCCGAACUGUCCUCACCCCGUACCAUUAUGUUGCGGUCGGAAUUGCAGUCUUCUGGAGUCAGCCUUGUCGACUGCCCACAUAAUGGUCGCAAAAAUGUCGCUGACCAGAUGAUGAUUGCAUUUGCCAUCGACAAUGAGUAUGCUGACUCAACCAUACUUCUCAUCUCUGGAGAUCGAGAUUUCGCGUAUCCCAUUUCUAUCCUUCGUUUCCGUAUGUAUCACGUCGUUGUCAUAUCCCCCUCUGCCCCCGGAGCACAUCUCAGCUUGCGAGCUCAAGCUUCUACGUUCUUGGACUGGAACGUUGAAAUCCUGAACAAUCUAAGGGAUGACCGCGUUCCAAUGAUGGAUCCUGAAUUGCCCAUCAAUGAUGUUCCCCUUCCGCCUCAGCCAACAUCUGCAUCUCUUUGCAACACUUCAAGAUUCACUUUCACAAUGCCACCUUCGAACUUUACCCCUCGUACAAAGCAGCGCGGAGAGGUAUCCGUGUCCGCUCCAAUCAAUGAGGGGGUUACUGAGAAUGUCCCUCCCAUGUAUACACCUAACAUCAAAACAAAGACAGACUCUGUCCCCUCCCGUACCCCGUCCGCGCCACCCAUAACUCCCCCGACCACUACUCCUGUUCUUGACCCCAUAGCUCAGCAUGUCUUUACCGGACUGCAACAACAGUUAAUCUCACCUGGCGUUGGCUCAACAUCCACGCCUGCAUUGGGGGCUCCUUCGUUAUUCAAUCUUCAAUCAGAAAAACAGUCAGGCGAUAUGGUUGAGCUUGACAUCCCCCCACACAUUCAAAGCUUGGUUCGAACUCUACAGAAAUUUCACGAAAACGGAGCUGCCAGACCCUUACGGUCCGUGAUCGCUCUUGAAUUGGUUCAGAAGGACGGCAUGGUCUACAGAAAAGCCGGAGUAACAAAGUUCCGUGAAUUUUGCGCUCUUGCAAUCAAUGCAGGGUUCGUGGUAGUCGGGGGAACUGGGGGAAAUGCAUGGAUAUCGCUGAGUCCUGACGUGCUGGCCAGACUGCAAUCUAAACCACUGUAACGGUCAUCCCGAUUUUGUAUGCUGCAUCUGUGUACUAUCUUUUUUGUGUUCCCAUCUCAUUUGUUAAUUUAUGCUCUUGAUAGGCCAGUAGAAAUUCGUGGGUAUCCGACACUCAGCGUGAGUAUGUGAAUCCUAGUUCCUUGUUAAGGUUCCCUUGAAACUCUGGAUUACAUGACGGUUUCUGGAUACUGGUGUGCGUUACGAUGGCCAUCUUCAUCCUUUGAUUCUACUUGGGGAGGCCGCAUAUCCGGAAUUUGAAGAUGGGCCUCCCCUGUGUUAUUGCCACAUAGACUUCUCACCCGUGCCCCGUAACGUGGAAGUGUUUGGAUGAUUCUACGCCCCUCGUUGGGUGCUGGAGAUGGUUUUCUCACGCUUCUUUUUCCCAACUAGUUCACUGUGAACUUCAAGGUCGGAAUGUGGGUACAUCGUCCAUUUGUAC